AUGUUAUCUCUUCUAUGUAUUGUGGUGAAGAGAGAUAAUUCUUUAAAUAACCGUAGGAGGUCUGAGUUUUGUAGACGAUAUAGAAGAGAUAAUUAUGCUGCAAAAUCCAGUCCAACAUAUGGAUACGGGCAUCCAACAAAAUGCAUAAUUUCAGAUUACGAUAGGGAAACAGAUAGAAAGAAUGGGAUAGCAACACUUAACUUCUAUCGAUGGGCCAAUGGCAUUCUUACUGAAUCUAGGUUUGUUGAAAAGAAUUAUGAUGACAUAUGCAACUGUGCAUUGGGCUUAUCUCUGAGUAGAAAACUAGAACAUGGACUAAGUAGAAAUGAUACAUGCUAUUCAGAAUCUGGAGGUAGAGGAUGUUUGUCAAAUUUUGCAGUUGCUGAUUCAACUCCCAGUGCCGUUAGGGGCUUGUAUAAUGAUCCGGGUGAAUUUUCUUAUGGCCAUGGAUUUAGUAUAUUAGGUGAAAAUAAUAUUGAUGUUACAUUUUGUGGUGUUCACGAUAGAUGUGCAUUUAGAGCAAUAAAUCGGUGGGAUCUAUUCGAAAAUACAACUAAAAAAUUAAGAAUCUAUAGACCAUUUUUCGCAUUUCCACCACCUGGGCCAAUUGAUAGGGCGUUAACAACGACAUUUUGGGCAUUCAAUGGUGAUUACAAUAGUUAUUCAAAUGUCAAUGUAAAAGUGAAUGGAACAAUUUGUACAAUGAAAUGA